AAAGUAACCAACGUUUAGCUCAUGAAACACCUAAACUAUUUUGUGUCUGUACUGGAGUGCGUGCUUGUUGCCAUGGUCAUCCACAGCGAGAGCCAAUCGCAAGCAUCCCCUGUGAACUUAUUAAUAUUAAUGAGACGCAGCGGCGUGACCGGAGAUACUCCACUGCGCAUGCCCAGCCCCGCGCCACUGCUGCUUCCAACAACAAGCGGUAGUAAGCAAUAUGGCCGACCUAGGGAAGAAGUACUGCGUGAACUGUCUUGCAGAUGUUACGAAUUUGCGGAUUCGCUGUGCCGAAUGCCAAGAUAUUGAACUCUGUCCGGAGUGCUUCUCUGCAGGUGCCGAAAUCGGCAACCAUAGGCGAUGGCACGGCUAUCAGCAAGUUGACGGCGGGCGCUUCUCGCUCUGGGGUCCCGAGGCAGAGGGAGGAUGGACCAGCAGGGAAGAGCAGUCGCUGCUCGAUGCCAUCGAGCAAUAUGGAUUUGGUAACUGGGAGGAUAUGGCAGCCCACGUGGGUGCCUCACGUACCCCUCAGGAGGUCAUGGACCAUUAUGUGAGCAUGUAUAUCCAUGGGAAUCUGGGCAAAGCCUGCAUCCCUGACAGCAUCCCCAACCGUGUGACAGACCACACCUGUCCCAGUGGAGGUCCGCUGUCUCCUAGUUUGACUACCCCUUUGCCUCCUCUAGACAUAUCUGUGGCAGAGCAGCAACAGCUUGGAUAUAUGCCGCUCCGUGAUGACUACGAGAUCGAAUACGACCAAGAGGCAGAGAAACUCAUCAGUGGUCUGUCUGUGAACUACGACGAUGAAGAUAUCGAGAUCGAGAUGAAACGAGCUCAUGUGGACAUGUACGUGCGGAAGCUUCGUGAGCGCCAGCGACGGAAAAACAUCGCUCGUGAUUACAAUUUAGUGCCAGCCUUUCUGGGACGGGACAAAAAGGAUAAAGAGCGAGAACGACCAGGUGGAACAGGAGGGGUUGGGGGCGUAGGUGGAGCUGUAGGAUUGGGAGGUGGUACCUCCAUUAUUCCGACAGGGUCACUGGGCUCCUCUUCAACCGCAACGCCAAAACGCAAAAUCACCAAGGAAGAGAAAGAGCAACGGACAAAACUCCGUACACUCUGCCAGUUCAUGCCACAACGUGAGUUUGAAGAAUUCUUUGACAACAUACACAAAGAGCGCAUGCUGCGGGUGAAAGUUCGGGAGCUUCAGCGUUAUCGGCGGAAUGGCAUCACAAGACUCGACGAGUCGGCCGAGUAUGAGGCAGCACGCCACAAACGGGAAAAACGGAAAGAAAAUAAAAGCAUUGCUGGCUCAAAGAGAGGUAGCAGUGGUGGAGGAGGAGCGACCGGGUUUGGAGGAGGAGUUGGAGCAGGAGGUGGGCUUGGAGGAGGUGGAGGAGUCAGUGCCAUCAAAGAGGAGGGGAAGGACAGUGAGUUCUCCGCCAUUGAGAAACUGUCUGGCUUUGAGCUGCUUUCUGAUCGGGAAAAGGUACUGUGCAACUCUAUGAACCUAAGUCCCACACGCUAUCUGACUGUCAAGACUAUCAUCAUCAAAGAUCACUUACAGAAAAGGCAGGGCAUUCCCUCGAAAAGCCGCCUACCCAGCUACCUGGACAAGAUGCUGAAAAAACGGAUUCUGAAUUUCCUGUCGGAGAGCGGCUGGAUAUCCCGAGAAGCCUCGUAACCACACUGUCCAAAGAUUUGGCUGUAAGAAUAAUGACUGUAAACAUAUUUUUCUACCGUUUUAUAUUGCAUCUCAGAAAAGCCUGUGAAAACAAAAUGACUGUAGGUGCCACACUACUGGAUGUGGGCCUUCAGUCAGUCUAACAUGUCUGUUUUCGGUCUCAGAUCUUCUCAUAGGAACAUAAACAUGGUUAUAGAAGGUACUAAAUCAGUAACAAUAGGAAACUUUCCAUAAGUUGUCCUUUGUAAUAUGUCAGAGUAUACAACAAUAACCCAUUGCCCCACGUUAAAAUGCCUGUUGAAUGUUUCCUGCCAAUAGAGAAUGAAUAGAGUGUUUAAUGUUGGACAGAGCAGAUCUUUAAAAUGGGUUCAGUGUUUCUUGUUUGGUAAUAAGGAAACUAGGUCAGGUUGCCAAAAGUCUAACGUACCUGUGUUCUAACCUGAAUUUGCCGGUUUCAGUUGGAUUUAUUUGGUUUUGUCAAUUGUGGGAAU